UCUUAAAUUGCAAUAUGGUCAUGUGGUUGAAUGUGUGGUUUUCAUUCUGUAGUAGCUCGUCUGUGGCGUGAGGUUCCCGACUAAAACAAUCUUUCAAUAGUGAUGCUAGUGACCAUUUGUUAUCAACUGAUAUUGAGUAACAUAGUACUCUACUCAGGAAUAAAUGGCCAGAGCCAACAUGUUAUUGAAACAAUAACACUUCCCUGGAACAUUAAUAAACAACACAAAAAUGGGCCUAAAUCUUUAGAGGAACCCAAACCUAUCCAUAUUAGACGGAGUGGCCAUGAUCUUUCAGGACAACCUACCAUUAAUCCCUUAGGAGAAACAAUAGCUAUUGUAGAUCAAUCCAUGGUGAAGCGAAUUCCUGAUAACAUGACUGAAAAGAACAUUAUUGACCUUUUGAACUCGCCCAUGCUAAAGAUGACGCCUGAAAAUAGUAGCAAAAAGAAUGUUGUUGAUAAUAUUAAUAUGUCAGUGAUGGAGCAAAUCAAUGGUAAAAUCAUUCAGAAGACCACUGCAGAUACAAAACAAGUGUCCAUAGUACCGCCAAUGGUAUCGCAGAUCCCUAGUAAAAGUAUUUCAGCUGUAAUGCGACACCAUGAAAUUUCUUCCGAUCAUAAUACCCAACAACGUGAUAGCGAAAAAGCGUCAGAUGUGGCGUGGGUACCUAAUCCGAACAUACAACAGAAUGAUCACGUAUCUGAAGCAGAACACCGUGUGGGAAUGAAAAACCACACAUUACAAAGAAAUAAGUCAUUUGCAAGACACAUUCAACAUCAUCUAGUGAAUCAAACAAAGUUAAUGAACCCGAAUGAAUCUAUAAUGAAACCCGAAAUGAAAGUGAACAAAGUAGAUGCAAACAAACCAAUAGUUAUAGCAGCUUCCUUAGAUAGGAUACAUGAUUCUGUCUUCCAAAAUCAAAACUCGGAACAUGACGUUAUAGCACAAGAUAAUAAAACUUUGAAUAAGACUUUAAGCAGGAAAAACCCAAUUAGUAAUAUCCCAAGCCAACUUAAUGAUAAUAGUGCUUCCCUCUUGAAGAUUAUUUCGCCAAAUUUCUUUUCGAAACAUCCGCAGCAAGGUUUGCCAAUGCAAAUAUUUACUGUGCCAUCAAAUGUGUCUGGUGAUCUUCCAUUUAAGUAUAAUUUUUCUAACACCCAUACAAACAGUCAGUUCACUAACUUUAAUAUGUCUUGGGAUGCAGGCGGCGUGAAAUUUCAUUCUUCUGAUAAAAGCCAUCAACAAGAGAAACAGGAGCGUCAUCGUACUGUGAAUAGAGGAAAAGAUGUACUCGCGUUUUCUGACAAGUCAGAGAAUUCUAAUGAUAAACAGACGACAAAAAGUCUCAACCAAAAUUCAGAUUCUUCCCGACUGUUAGCUAGCAAAAGUUCUGUUCAGGUUAACACUAACGAACGUUCUCGUCGCGUUUCGUCGAGCGAUGUUCAUUCAUUCAUCCGACAUAAUAAAACAGAUCAAACAAAUGAAGCUAAAAAAGUUGAAUUUGUUAAGAACGAGCGUAGCAAGCCAUCAUUCAUUCAUUCAAAUGACUUCAAAACCUCGCACAACACAGGAUUGACCGUUCAAAGAUCAAAACCUGUGCUUCAAACACAUCGAGAGGUAAAUAGGAGACUUGGUCGACAAAAAUUUGGCGAAUGGAAUUUGAAAGAGACAGAAAGACAACUCACACCUUCGGAAAUAGUAACUUUUUUUCAGGUGGAGCGGCCUUCUGAGAAAACAAAAACUGUUAGUCUAGCACAUAGCCAAAAUUCUGUAGACGUUAAUAACUUUGAUACUGAGAUCCGAACUUUAGGCGCACACCACAUUAAUCAGUGGAUAACGAAGUCACCAUUUUCCCUUGAUAUAUCCAAUAAAGAUAGGUCUGUACUUGGACAUCAUAAUCUCGAUAACAUCCACAAUUUCAACUGGAAAAAGAAAUUUCUAAGUGAUACACUUCUUGAUAAUAAUAAUGAUAAUAAACACAAAAUAAAUAAAGUAGCAUGGGAAGAACAUGCAAGUCAACAUCGAAAGUUACACACUAUUUUAAACAAUAAAAACCAUGUUCCUCUGAAGAACAAUGAACACAAUUUUCAAAAUUUUCAAAGUUCUUGGCACAAAUCCUGGUGGACAACAUAGUAAUGAUAACCAAUAUACAUUUUUGAAUACAUGUUGAUGUAUGAGUCUACCAUCGUCAUAACUAUAUAUAUACUGAUGAAAUUUACCCAAAGGAACUUACUUUAAAUAAAUCAAAUAUUAACAGCAAAAACUAUCAUUUCCCAGAUUUAGAUAUUUCAGUGUUACACCAGGAACUCUACACAAAACUUUACGACAAAAGGGAUGAUUUUUCUUUCCCUAUUGUUAAUUUUCCUUUUUUGGACGGCGAUGUUCCUUUGACACGGUAUUACGGUGUUUUUAUAUUCUAACUUGUUCACUAUGCCCGUGUCUGUAGUGACGUUUUGGAUUUCUAUGAGCGUAAUCUAUGUAUUAAUAGUAAAUUAUUGAGUUAGGGAUUUCGUUACCACAAAUUAAUGAAAACUUGUACUACAUUAUUCCAUAGAUACAAAGAUUUGGUUUGAAAGUUUGGCUGUACCUGUAGAAAACUGAUUUCAAACGGAAUAGCACAUCCUAAAUUUAACGGUGGUGUUGUUAACCGAGACCGGAAAUUUAGAUAAUAAAGAAUAAGAAUAAGAAUAUUUUAUUGAAUCCAAUUAAAGGGCCCGUUUCCGAGCAUAUACACACACACAUAUAUAUAUAUAUAGUAUUAAUUAUACAGUAAUUUUUAAGAUAUAUUACAUUGAAAAUAAAUGAAUAAAUAACUAUACUCCAUACCAUCUACUACACCACAACUUCAUGUAUAUUUAGUUUCUGGAUUUAAAAUUUUCUCUUAUUUCAAAUCAAGUACUAAUAAAUCUUGACACUGACAUAUUAACAUUUUUAGACUCACUGGACAUUAACCAAAUAAACUGUUCGUACUUUGAAAUAUAAGGGAAGUUUUUACAUUGAAUACAUGCUUCAUUAAGAAUUAAAUUCCUUUCUUUUCGUAUGCAGUGCAUUCCAUUAAAAAUGAAACUCGUCUUCAACCUGCAUAUUUUUACACUGCCCACAAAAUCUUUUAUCUUUAUCGAUUCUUUUAUAUCGACCUUUCUCAAUAGCUAACUGAUGAGCACUGAUUCUGAAUUGAGUUAAUAUUUUUCGAUACUGAAAUUUAUUAGCUUGACAUAAAUAUGCUUCCCUUUUGAAGAUGUUUUUAGAUUUAAAAAAGUACGCAAUUUUCCUUUUUUAGCAUUUGCAUUAACGUGUUUAGAAUUUUUCCAGUAAAUCCUAUAUCUACUAAUCAAAAUAUUUUUAACCUUUUCAAUGUCAAAACUUUUCAUAUCAACAUCAAUUCAUCUUAAAAUAUAUACAAUACUAGAAUACCAAGAUGACUUAUUACAUUUGUGAGUGUCCAUACUUGUGACCAGGGCUUUUUGAUACGAUCCAGGUAAAAUUAUCAAUAUUUUAAAUAAAUUUAUUCUAAAAGGUUACAAUUAAAUCUUUGAAUAUUGUUUUAUUGGUAUAAAUAUUGAUUUUGUUAUCAGUACAUUAAAACCAUACUAAAUAUUAUUGUUACACACAUAUGUACUUUCACGGUACUACAAGCUAUAUUUUGGCAUUGCACAAGGUUAUGUUUUUCUCUGAUUGUUAAUUACGUCUUUACACUAAAUCCAUUGAAUGUUGGAUGUGUACUGAUUGAUAUUUUAGUCUUAGAUAAAUGAUUUUUGUUAUUAGUUUUUGCCUUUGAACGAGCUGUCAGUA